AUGGCUCGCAUCCACGUGGCCGCGCUAGACGCGGACGUCCCAUGCCUCGCGGUAUACAAAGAGCGGGGCUUGUAUAGCUCCAUGUUCCGAAACCUCCUACAAAAUGCAGCACAGCGCCUGAACAAAUCACAAGAGCCACAUCAAAAUGCUCUGUCGGUGCAUAUCACAGCCUUUGACGCCGUAGGCGGAUCCCUGCCACCGCUGGAAACCCUCCGCCGGUCCAACUCAGAGCCUCACGCCGGCCCACUGGGGCCGAUAGACGCGAUCUUGAUCACAGGAUCCGGGUUCUCAGCCUACGAAGAUCGCCCCUGGGUCCACCAGCUGAAAGCAUUCAUCCAAACAGUCUACAAUGAAUACCCCGACGUGAAGAUCUUCGGCUCCUGCUUCGGACACCAGAUCGUGGCCCAGGCAUUACUCUCCACAGGCGUUGAAGCCAACUCCACAUACCACACGGAGCACUGGUCAGCUGGUUAUGAAAUGGGUAUUCAGCCCAUCAUCCUCGACCCGGCAUUCACUGCGCGGUUCCCGCCGCUGGCGCGUGCAACCCCGUUCCGAAUCCAACUUAUCCACGGUGAUCAGGUCGUGCCUACGCCUGCGGCACUGGCGGCAGGUCCGGUAUCUCUGCCUGCACCUUGGUCGAACAUCGGUAGUAGCGCCCAGUGUGCCAUUCAGGGCUUUUACAAUGCCGGUCGGGUCCUGACGUUCCAAGGCCACUUUGAAUUCGACAGGUUCGUGAACAGUGAGACGAUGCACGAAUUUGCACGCCGAGGAAGCUGGCCUGCUGCGGAUGUCACCUCGUACCAGGAACAGAUCAAUCGCUCUGCUGUUGCGGGCAAAGAGGAUGACGAUGAUGCCAAAGCUGCUGCCGAGGCGGUUUUGCUUUUCCUGGCCGGAGACCGGGUGGUGAGCAACGGGCUGAUGACACCUCCACUGGGGUGA